AGUGAACUCCUCCUCCAGAGUGCGCUACGGUACAGAUGAUAACGACGGUCUUCAUCGCUUAUUUUAUCCAUUCACGGAGCAGUUUAUGAAGAUCAGGUGCCGAGCUCUCUAUGGACGAGGACGCCCACCUGUGUUUGCGGUGCCGCGUCACGAUCGUCGGCCUCGACAACUACGUGGCUCACAGGCAGGCAGGAUGCGUGCGGAACACCACCCACGAGGGUAAAUUAGACACCGAUGCCUCCGUGGAUGAGGAGGAAGUAAAUACUUACGCAAAACAAGAUCUGCAAGAGGUAAAGGAGUCAAAGAAACUUUCAGACGCACCAUACCCUUCUGAUACCCACUCACUGGCACAUGGCAAUAACGGACCCACUACUCCAGACGGCUCAGGCACUGUCAUGGGGCAUCAGCAAGAAAUUGUUCGUACAGCAAAAUACUCAUCCUCAGACACUUCAGUCAGAGACUGUUAUGUCGAUCAGCCCGGCCAGACGAGCGAACACCAGCGUCCAGUGGCAGCUAAUACAAGUUCCAUCCAUGAGUCCUAUACGGUGAUGGAAGACUUCACUACUGCCUUGCCUCAGCCACCCCCAGAACCUUCCAUGGCCAGAGCUCACGUGGAACUGAAGCACAAGACUCAAGACUCUUUGAGCCUCAGCCACAGGACAGGCUCAUCGCAGGCGCCCUUCACGGGGUAUGAAGACCCUCUGCUGCUGCACGGUCAUGAUCCUCCUAACAUCCUAAGACACUUCGACUCCUUCAGCGAUCACAACAAAAUCCCUCACGAGGCUGAGUCUGAGUCACACAGCGAAGCAAUGACGCUAUUCAAAGUAUCAUCUUCCUCUUAUGAGCUUGAGAGUCAAAAUUUUGAGUCAAGAUAUUCAGACUUUUACUCUCUACAACCCACACCGCAGGAGCCGCUGCUGACCAAUGUUGCAACACUGGACCAAAGUAAGACCAAGGAACGAAUACAAGAGAACAUCAAACCUUCAAAUAGCAGUCAAAGUAUAAAGUGUAAGGAACCAAUCCCAGAGGAGACUUAUGAAAAGGGCGUCCAGGAGGCAAGAGAAGAAUUCCCAGCCUCAAGUUUGAAGUUCAGUGACUUGGGAACUUCCGAUAAUGCUUCCGAGAAAUCUGAACUUCGUCAGGAUGAUUUUCUUUCAUCUCUUGAACUACGCAGCAGUGUGAAGGUGCCCACAAAGAGACGGCACGAGGAAGACGAUGAAUAUGAUGAAGAUGAAGACGAUGAGACAAGACCUCCACGCCACCACACAGGGGGUAAAUGGAGACCUGGGAGCCGACCACCGCCCUCUGUCGGGGGUAAGUGGAGACCAGCGACGCCCAAGACAGAACUGGAAGAGGACGAAGAGGAGGACAUGGAAGAGGACUAUAUGGAGGAGGAAGAGGAGUCCCUGAUGCCCCCUCCUCCUACUUACACUAAAGGGAAAUGGCUGCCUGGCAAAAAGAUGACUAACAUCAUCAAGGUGGGAAGCACUGUGGAGUACCACUGUCAGCCGUGCAGCCGCGUCCUCAAGGGCAAGGAGGCUUACGAGCGCCACUUGAAGUCUCAGCUUCACUUCCUCAAUGAGAACAAAGCGGCGGGGAAAAGGAAAGCUAAAACAUCGAAAGAGAUUUCUCCACCAUCAAGAACCACAAGACCCGCCAGAUCCAAGAAGAUGGAAGCUAAAAACUUUCUCAGGUCGUGCAUCGCCAACCUCAAGAGUAGAAAAAUAGUUUCACAUGACGCCACGAUCGCCAAGCACGUGACUCGACCAGUCACUUGGAAAGGAGUGACUGGAUCAUUCCCCAGCAGUAAAUCAACGCCACCAGUCACUGAAGAAGAGCAACAGCAGGAUGAUGAAGAAGAAGUGGUACAUAAAAUCUCUUCAGGAACUCCGAAAAUGUUGUGUCCUAUCUGUAAAUUGUCUUUUGGGGAAGCUUAUGCUGCCCUGCACUUCGCCUCACUGGCUCACAUUCACAACGAACUCGAAGAACGCCAAAGCAAAAAUAAGGAAAUUGAUCCCAAUUUCAACAAACUUAUCCUUCAAAACAUCCCUUCCAUUGUCAAAACCUCUCCGUUUUUCUGUGAAAGUUGUAAAUUUUACUGUAACCUUCAUGAAGAUUUUCUGGCGCAUAUGAACACACAUACAAACGAUCCAGAAGAUGACGAAGUGAAGACAAUGUUUACCUGCUCUGCGUGCUCCGGUGAAGACGAAAUGCAGCUUCCAACCCUCAUACAUCACCUUCAGACGCCCCAUCAUAUGGACAACGCCAGGGACUUGGUGCUGCAGGCACAGCAGGUAAAACUGACCAGCAGGACACAAGUGGUGUGCCCGAUGGAUGGUGGAACCUUCAAUUACCGGCGUCAGUACCAAAUGCACCGUAGGAUCAAACACCAAGAGCCAGGAUUCCAAGUUACAAAUAAGCGACUAUUGCGUUGUUCCCAGUGCGACUUCAAGACCCUGCGGAAGCAACAGAUCCGUGCCCACAUCAAGAAAACUCAUGAGAUUUCUCAAGGCUCAAAAGAUUCUUAUCACUGCUUCAUCUGUGGUCUCUCUUUCACGACACAACGGAAGGCUGAACUUCAUCGAAGGUCCGCCGAGCACCGCACAACACUGUGGCGACAACGCGGUUGCUCGGUCACCAGGACCUGUAGCCUCUGCUAUGAGGAAGUUGAUGACCUGCCUGCCCUGCGGCGACACAUGUCCCAAGUACAUCAGAAAGACUGCACACCCUGCCACCUGUGCGGCGCCAUUCCUCCACUCCGUUCAGACCUCGCCAAGCACCAGCGUGUGUGCACCGGCUCUCCCGGCGACAUGGAGGGGCAGCACAAGUGCGACCUAUGCUCCUUCAAGAAUGACCUCCUUGCCCAUGUCCUUGCUCACAAGACGGUCGCUCACAGUGAACGCCAGGCUGACGGCCGCUACGCCUGCCACAUAUGUAAGACAAAGUUGCAGCCUUCGUCAGUGAAGGGCCACAUGUUGAGCCACAGCAACGAGUGGCCGCACUCUUGCCACAUAUGCUCCCGCAAGUUUUCACAAAAGGACUGGCUUGAAAAACAUCUUUCGGCUGUUCAUACCUGCGGUGCCCACGUGCACUCCGCCCACAGCCCCGCCCUCUGCGACAGCUGCGGCAAAACUUUUUCCAACAGGUGGCACCUGUACCGGCACCAGCUGGAGGCCCACGCCCACGCCUCGCCCUCGCUGCUCUCCAAGAAGGAUCCUGAAGCUCCAGACUCCCCACGCCCAUCAUCGAAGAGCGACUGCCGCCCACCCUCCCAGCGUGUGCUCAGGACCAAAGAGCCUCCUUCGCGGCCCUACCUGUGUGACGUGUGCGGCGUGCAGUGCCAGACACUCACCAGCCUCAAGACGCACCGGCAGUGCCACAAGCGGGGAGAGGGGGACAAGUACGAGUGUCCCCACUGCAACUACGCCACUGGCCACCUUCCCCACCUUCGGCGCCACCUUCGCCUGCACACCGGCGCCACCCCCUACUCCUGCCCCUACUGCAGCUACGCCUGCAACAACCAGGAAAACCUUCGCAAGCACAUGUUGAAGACUAAGCGUCACCCAGGCAGGUUCAUGUACGAGUGUCUGCUGUGCAAGGCACCUCAGGACAAGCCUGGCAAGCAGUCUGCCGUCGGGAGCAGCCAGCCGCUGAAGACUGAACUCACCGAGCAUCAAGCCACAGACGCCUCAGCUGUCCGUCCCCUGGAGCCAGCAUCCUCCUCUUCUAAAUCCCACGACCCUGAAGGAUCCGUCUCACGCCAACUAAAGUGUGAAUCCUCCUUCUCCUCACAGCCAAGAGAGCUUCAGUAUCCCCAAACCCAGAGUUAUGAGGUUUCCAAGCUCUGUGAUGUCGACGGCUGCCAUCCUAAGGGUUGGCAGCCAUCCUGCGGGAUGGCGGUGUCCCAGAAUCCAGAGUCAUCAGAUUCGAAGCCCCAAAGUCCUCACAUCUUUUGCAGUAACUACGCCUUGCAGUUCCAGAUUCAUCUUCUUGAGAAGCACAAAGGCGCCUUUAAGACAAAGGAAGAGGUGACCUCGCACAUUCGCAGCUAUUACCACGCAGAGCAGGACACCACCGUCACCAGCCACCCGCUCCCCUUCCUCCAUAGAAAGAGAAACAGCGAGCCAAAGACAACAAGACCUUCGGGUACGGCACCAGCAUCGUACAGCUCCAGCGCAGCCCAGGCCAGGCGCCGCCAAGAACACCCCGCCCUCCAAGAUGACAAGGACGACCCCGACGAUCCCGCCACUGAGGUCACCGAGGAGGACAGCGAGGACGUCCUUACACAGAUCAGGCGGUCCCUUGACAUUGAUGAGUUUGGAUGUGACGACAAAACAGCAAGUGAGGCUCAAACUAAGGAGGCGGAGACCAGGCAGGGUGAGGAAGACGAGGACGGAGAAAAGGAGAAAGCGAAGAGAGACGAGGAUCUUCACCAAGAUGAAAAGUCACCUGAGCCCAACCCUUCCUUAAUCGAGGAUGAUACCCGAGAGGACGGCGCCUUCAAAGCCAUAGGUUCGUCUCCCCGAAAGCCACCGCCUUCCUUACGCGCCCCUAGCCGUCCCGCCAUCCUGAGGUCCACCACACCGCAGGGCGAGGCCGCGCAGCCCUUGAGGAUCAUGAUCCAGCAGCUGGCCGGAGACACCACAGUUGAAGUGGAUGACGAUGGAACACAGCAAGUCAUCAUCAUCCUGCCGGACAAGCUCGGGGAGCAGCCUGGGGACGUGGCCGCCUUGCUGCCCAGCCUGGGCAUCGCCUCCUCGCCCAAUAGCUGCGGCCCUCUCAGCAUCGUGCAAGAUAACGAUAUCGCCCAGCAGCCUCUCGCAGCCAAGGACGCUGGUGACCGCGCCGUCAUCGUGCAGACGGAUCAGGUCAUCGCCCUGGACACUCAGGUGAUGUCAGAUGCAACUAUUGUGUCCGGUGAGACUAAUAUUGUGGGUCAGCAUCACACUCCCGUGGUGCUGUGCUCCCAGCAACAGUCUCAGCAGCGGCAGCACAAGCAGGUCCUCCACUCGGCUCAGGUCUUCAAUCCUCUACAAGUGGUCGCAGAAGCUGCCGAAGUCUUGACGCAGAAUGAGCUCGUUACUCGUGAAAGUCAUCAGAUCCUAGCGGCGCCACACCAGGUUUUAGCCCACACUUCCGGUAACCAGGAUGUGCUGGCCGAGGCGCCUGCUGCGAGAGCCACUCAAAUGAUAGACGCGGCAAUGUUUGGCGGCGGCAGUGUCCAGCACUCGGAGGUGGUGCACGCGACGGAGACACAGGCGGUGCUGCAGCCUGACGCCACGCUGAGCUUCGUGGACGAGCAGGUACAACCAGGGGACCAACCCAAGCCAGACGAUGGCAAAAUUAUCUAUCCCUUCACCCUUCAGUAGCUGUGCGAAGAACACUAAGCAAGCAAAUAAAGAAUGUAAAAUCAAUAGCAGA